GUCGUAUUGUUUCAAUGGCUCUCCCACUUCAAUAUCUUCUUCUUGUUCUCCUCCUUCCUGCACUUCUAUUCCUACCUAUGGCCAUGGCAGAUUCAUGUAGCGACUGCUUCGUGCAGUCGCGAGCAGCAUACUAUCCCAACUCUGAUCAAGAGGGUACAGAGACUGGUGCAUGUGAAUACGGCGCAUACGGAGCAACACUUAAUGGUGGGGAUGUCUCUGCCGCCUCCAAUCUCUACAGAAAUGGUGUGGGUUGUGGUGCGUGCUAUCAGGUGCGAUGCACCAAUAGCGACUUAUGCUCGACCGACGGUGUGACAAUUGUGAUCACAGAUUCGGGUUCUAGCGACAACACUGACUUCAUACUUAGUCAGCAUGCAUUUGCUAAAAUGGGUCAGACACCCGAUGCUGGUGCUUCACUUCUUGCCCUAGGUGCCGUUGGCAUUGAGUACCGGAGGGUUCCCUGCAGCUACCCACAAAAGAACAUCACCAUCAAGAUUGAUAACAGCAGCAACUUCCCCUAUUAUUUGGCCUUCCAGAUAUGGUAUCAACAGGGAGACAAGGACAUCACAGCUGUGCAGCUAUGUGAGACUGUGAACUUAACAUGCAAGCUCCUGGACAGGAGCCACGGAGCAGUGUGGGCGGUCGUAUCUCCUCCGACUGGGCCUCUAUCCGUAAGGAUGCUACUAAGUGGGAAUGAUGAUGAUGAUGAUGAUGAUGAGACAUGGGUGGUCCCUACAAACACCAUACCACAAAAUUGGACAGCCGGAGCUAUCUAUGAUUCAGGCGUACAAGUCAGCAACAGCUAAAUAACACUAAUUAUUUUUUGCUGUCUUAUUCCUUCCAUUGGUCCUUAUCUCCAUCUUUCAUUCUUCUAAAUAAUAAGCCAAAAUAUCUGGCAAAUUAAAGUUGUAAUCCUAUUUAUAGACUAAUAAAGUUCAGCCCAUUCAUAUUUA